AAAACGAGUGAGCAGAAAGGUCGAAAUCUCGUCAACAUGCGAAUGGCUUAUAACCCACAUAUAUACGUUACUGUUACAAAUUUAAUAUCGAGAAGGCAAAAAGCAGCAGAAAGUAAUAUUGAUUAUAUGUUUGCCUAAUUCAAAAUCAGAACAGAAUAGCUAUGUUGAUAAUGCCACCAACAAUAAAGAAUAAGUGUUUAAAGCUAAAAUGCACACGGAAUUGCUACCAACUCAUAUCUAUGCGCCGCUGAGCCAGGCCAUGACCGAUUCUGAUGAUGAAUCUGAUGAAGAGAUUGAAAUUCAUAACUCAAGCAAGCAUCGUAGUCAACAGCAACAGCAACAAGAACAAAAACAUCGUCAAGAGGAGCAACUGCAUCAGCAACAGCAACAACACCAACAACAACAACAAUCCCAACGUAAUCGUAGCCGCAUACCGCCAAACACUUUGGCUUUAAAAUCACCACACACCACACGAUCUACGUCUGUACGUAAAGGCAAACCUCCUGCAACACACACACACACUAAUACCCAUACAUACACGCAGCAACAACCACAGAGAUUCCAAUUGGAGACAGAGACUCCCAAGAGUCACACAACCACCUACACCACCAAUAUGCAGAACACAUUCCGUUCGGUUAUGCUUAGCGAUUUGGGAGGCGGAGGCGGCGGCGGUGCCGGCAAUUCUGGACCCGGCACUGAAUUCUCCAAUUUCAAUAGUGAAUUCGAUAUGAAUGGCGAUAAUGUUGCCAUUCUGGGCAACAAUUUUGGUGAGGAGGACUCCAAAGUGCCCAUGUCAACGGCCAGACGUUGUUGUUUCAUUGCCUCCGUGCUCAUAUGCCUGUUUGCCAUAGUGGGUUUCGUCUGGCUGGUGCCAUGUGGCAAUCCCGAUGGCACCGGCGCCUGUCCGGCCAUCGGUGAUCGUGUCAAGACCCACAACUGGCUGAAUAACUAUACAAAAAUCGAACUAAAAGGCGGCAUCAAUGUGGUCAGCGGUCUAAGGGCUUGGGAGAACAAUUUAAUAUUCCUAUAUCGGGGAGAUGCAUUCUUUCCAUCCGAGUUUCGUCCCAGUAAUCACAGACGUAAUGGCAUCAUCUCGCUAAUUGGCAGCUCUGGUGCCGUUGCCUGGUACGAUCAGACAGUGGACGAGCCAGUGGCUGUGGAUUGUACAUUGCUGGAUAUCGAUGGCAAUUCCAAGAAUGAUUGCCUUGUGAUGGACGAAUAUGGCGAAUUGGGCGCCAUUAAUCCGGUUUCUGGUCAAUGGCAUUGGCGUUAUAAAGAGCGUUCAUCCCACAAAGUAGAUGAAUAUGAUUUUCCCAUCAUUUUACCCGACUUGGAUGGAGAUGGCAUUCUCGAUAUAUUACUAGUAUCCAGCCUAACGCUAGAACAGCGAACAAAAGCUCUGGUACAGCAGCAGCAGCAGCAGCCUCCCUCCCCCCAAUUGGAGACGAGAAAUGUGUUGCGUCUGCUGUCCGGACGACGUGGUGAACCCAUUGGCGAUGGCUUCCGUCUGCAUGAAUGUCAAAAGGUGGCUCGUUUACAACUGGAGGCCGGAAAUGUUAGCUUCAGUUGCCUGCGCUCCAACAAUACCGAACAGCAACGCUCGAAGACAUUGGCCGAGCUAUAUGCCCUAAUCACCAACAAGUCGAUUGUGGGUCAGCAACGGUUAACGCAAGCUUCCAAAAUCUCUCAGCAUCGCCUUCAUGGACAGCGGCGAGAGGUGGAGGCUCAGCGUAAUAUUUACUCUUUAAGUGGACGGGAAUUGCUGGUCGAGAAUCGUGGCAAAUGUCCGGAGGAUUGUAAUGUCACAUUGGUGUUGAGUGAAAUGCGAAAUGGCAAACCAUUUGUCCUAUGGAAUUUAACCAAUAGCGCCAUGUAUGGAAUGGUGCCAGCUGAAUGGCAUUUUAAGAAUACCAAAUCAAAGAUGUCCGGUUUUGUAAUGAAAUUCUGGGAAUGGCAUACCGUAUCCAACAACAACAACAAGCAGUCAAAAGCAUCAUCAUCCUCAUCCCCCGCCUUUUCAGCAGCCACACAAAAUAAUAAUGUGCAGAAAAAUAAUAGUAAUACAAAUAAAAAUUUAAAUAGCAUCAAGGAUAAAGAAAAAUCCCAUGCAAAUAAAAAGCAACAACAACCCCAGCCGCGUCUCAAGAGAAAUAUUGACCCCAAGGAGGAAUUUGACAUAUUUGAUCAUCUGAUCGAGAAACGCGAAACCUAUGGCAUGCCUUACAAGAAUCAAACAAAAUCAUCAACUAGUUCCAGUUCUAGUUUUAGCAGCGGCAGCAGCUCCCUAACUACCAGUCCCUACAAAAUGCAAAUGAUCACCGAAACUGUAAUUUUGGCUCUAUUCAUGGGCGCCGAUACCCGCAUCGAGAACACCUCACAAAGUAAUAUUGUACAAUUUUGUCGUCACGAUCGGAACGAGGUGAUAUGCCAACCGGAUUUAAAUAAUCAAGAGCAUUCAAUGCUCAUUGCCGAUCUCGAUCAGGAUGGCUCCCAGGAGUUGGUCACAUAUAUGUCCACCUUUGUAAUGGCCGAAGAGCAUGAAUGGAAACUGAUUACAUAUGUUCGUCUGCUGCGCAUCCAAUCGGAGUUACCUAUCUACUAUGAGGAUGAAAAACACAAUUAGGCGGCGGCAUCAUCAAAUCGAAUGCAUUUAAAAACAUCAUCAAUCAAAAGCAUCUAUCCCCCUCUCUGUCUUUCUCAAAAAAACUGUAGUAAUACUAAAUAGUAUAAUUCCUAACAAUUUAUUAGUACAUUAAAUAGAAAAGAAAUCUUUUUCUAAAUACCCACAAACAAAACAUAUGAAAAAAAAAAUAAACCAAUCAAUAGCAACUAAA